AUGGAGUAAAAGAAAAUGAGGAUUACGAGAAAAGCCAGCACAGCACAGCAACUCGGUUGGAACGUAACGUGAACAAUAGAGAGAGAGAGACUUUCACUUUCUCCCCUUCACCGUCUCCCCCGCGCCUACGUUUCGUCACUUCUAUAAAACCCCAUUUUUCAAUCAAUUUGUUCUCUCUCUUUCUCAAACAUGCAACUUCCUUCAAUGGACUCCGUCGGUUCAUCUUCUUGAUCCCUUCAAUUCCCAUUUUCUCUACUGCCCAUCAUUCCAUCAACAUACAUUAUGAAGAACGACGAGCAAGUCCGGACUCUCUUUGGGAUUUCCCUUACUGAUAGGCCUAAAUGGCAUCAGUUCCUCAUUUGCUCUUCUGGGUUUUUCUUUGGUUACUUAGUCAAUGGCAUCUGUGAGGAAUAUGUAUAUAACAAGCUACAAUUCAGCUAUGGAUGGUACUUCACAUUUAUUCAAGGAUUUGUGUAUCUGUUUCUGAUUUAUCUUCAAGGCUUCACUGCUAAACAAAUGGUGAAUCCUUGGAAAACUUAUGUCAAGCUUUCUGCUGUGUUGAUGGGUUCCCAUGGCCUCACCAAAGGUUCUUUGGCCUUUCUUAACUAUCCAGCUCAGCUUAUGUUCAAAUCUACAAAGGUUUUGCCAGUGAUGAUAAUGGGUGCUUUCAUACCCGGCCUCAGGCGAAAAUAUCCACCUCAUGAAUACAUUUCGGCUGUACUUUUGGUGGUGGGUUUGAUCAUCUUCACUUUAGCAGAUGCACAAACAUCUCCAAACUUUAGUAUUCUUGGUGUGGUCAUGAUAUCGGGCGCUCUAAUCAUGGACUCGUUUCUUGGUAAUUUGCAAGAAGCUAUCUUUACUAUGAAUCCUGAAACCACACAGAUGGAGAUGCUCUUUUGUUCAACCGUCGUUGGAUUGCCUUUCUUGAUCCCACCCAUGCUUUUGACGGGUGAAUUGUUUAAAGCAUGGACUUCAUGUUCUCAGGUAAGAGUAAUCUCUCUCUCUCUACAUUUGAUAAAAAAAAACCUUUCUCCCUUGUUUCCUUCUUUUCAUUCCCUAAUUUGCUGGGUGAAAUACACUUUCUUAGCAAAUACCACAUGUUGUAUGCAGCACAAAUACGUAUACGGUGUGUUAGUUUUUGAAGCUAUGGCAACAUACAUCGGCCAAGUCUCUGUUCUCUCACUCAUUGCCCUAUUUGGGGCAGCUACUACAGCCAUGAUAACAACUGCUAGAAAGGCAGUGACAUUAUUGCUAUCUUACUUGAUAUUCACGAAGCCAUUAAGUGAACAACAUGCGACGGGGCUGCUGCUCAUAGGCAUGGGGAUUACGUUGAAGUUAUUACCUGAUUACAAGCCCAAGAACAAAGCUUCUUCAAAUGUCAGGACCUCAAAACCACCUGCUAACAAUGGCAAAGACAAUGAAAUGGCUCAUCAAAUAGAAAUUGAAAAGGAUGAAGAGAGAAGGCCCUUGGUUUAAAUUACUAGGAUCCUGUUUUAUUGUCAUUUUUUUCUCUCAAAUUUCAUCUUACAAAUGUAAGAAGGAUGCACUCUCAACUAUACAAUUUCAAUAUAUUGCUUCUCCACAUGAA